AUGUGGACAGUCUUCAGCCUGGUUCUUGUCAGCUCCUUUUUUGUCCUCCAAAGUGAAGCACUUCAGUGUUACACCUGUGUAGGUUCUAGUGAUGAGGACUGCAACAGACAAGGAACUCAGCAAUGUCCAGGGCAUUCGGAUGCUUGUGCCAUCUUUAGACAAGCAAGUGGCAUUAUGAAGUCCUGUUCAUUCAGGUCCUUCUGUGAGAGGGCAAAGAGGGAUGGAUCCAGAGGUCCUGGGAUGAGUGUUCAGUGCUGCUACUCCAACAACUGCAAUGCAAAAGGCCUGGCUGCAAGAGUCACCACCUCCACCAGCUAUGUCUCUCUCCUCCUCCUCACGUUGCUGUUGCACCCCUUGUUGAAGCUGACAUGAUGGAGAGGGAGGGAGGGGAA